AUGGAGGUGACUGAGGAUAUCCCCAAGCCCGAGCGCGAUGCGCGACUAUACCGCCGCAUCACUUUCCCUAACGGCCUCGAGGCGCUGCUCAUCAGCGAUCCCAGCCUGGCGGGCAUGAAAACCCCGGAGGACGGCGACGAGGAUCCAAUGGACGACGACGCCGGCUCGGACGGCUCCCACGACGGCGAUGACUCGGACGGCGACGACGAUGAGGAAGAUGGGGACGAGGAUGGAGACGAGGAAGAUAAGGAAGACGGUCCGGGCGCUGGCAUGAAGCUCGCGGCGUGCUCCGUCGACUUCGACGUCGGUUUCUUCUCCGACCGCGCCAGCGGCUUCGAGGGCAUCAGCCACUUCCUCGAGCACAUGGUGUUCAUGGGCAGCGAGAAGUUCCCGGGCGAGAAUUACUUCAGCGACUGGCUCGCGCAGCACUGGGGAUCGGAAAACGCGAUGACCGACUCGGAGCAGACCACGUUCUACUUCGAGUGCCACCCCAAGCACCUCAAAGAGGGUCUGGACAUCUUCUCCGGGUACUUCCUCAACCCGCUCAUCAAGAUGGACGCCGUGGAGCGGGAGGUGACGGCGGUUGAGAGCGAGUUUGAGCGAGUGACCAACAACGACGCGUGCCGACUGGAGGCCAUCAUGGGCCACUGCGCCGCGGAGGGGCACCCGUUCGGGGUUUUCGGCUGGGGUAAUCGCGCGUCGCUGACGCAGUCGGAGCUGUGGAAGCAGGGGAAGAUCCGGGAGAGCCUCCUGGGGCACUGGCGCAAGCACUAUCACGCCGGGCGGAUGUCCAUCUGCCUUCUGGGAGAGCAGGAUCUGGACACGCUCCAGUCGUGGGUAUCGGAACUCUUCUCGGACAUGCGAAACGACGGCGAGGCCAAGACGGAUUACGUCUCCGCCGGCUCCCCGUAUGCCGGCCAGCUGCCGCUGAUCGUCAACACCACGCAGGUUCGGGAGGGAAAGCAGCUGGACCUCGUGUUCACCAUCCCCGCGGGUAUCAAGCGUCGGUACCGGAAAAAGUCGGUAGAGUACGUCGAGGAACUCAUCGGCCACGAAGGUGCCGGGUCCCUGUUCGCGACGUUAAAGCUCCGCGGGCUCGCGGACAGGAUCUCCGCGGGCGUCGGCAGCGGCGGGCUCGCGGAUAAUUCCGUCUGCAGCCUGUUCACCGCCACCAUCCGGCUCACCGACGAGGGCUUUGAACGCGUCGACGAGGUUAUCUCCCUGUUCUUCCAAUACGCCGAGAUGAUGCGACGCACGGGGCCGCAGGAGUGGUCCUGGCGCGAGAACAGAGCCCUACGCAAGAUCGAGUUUCGGUUUAAAGAGGAGGAGGGCGCCGCGGAGUACACCGAGAUGCUCGCGAUGACGAUGCGAAAGCACAGCCGCGAGGACUGUCUCGCCGGCGAUUACCUCUACGACGAUUACGAUCCUACCGAGAUAUCCACCGUGCUCGACGCGAUCGUGCCCUCGAAGUGCCUUUACAUCGUCUCGAACAGCGAGUUCGACGCGGAGCAGCAGGGGGUCGAGCGGGAGCGAUGGUUCAACGUGCCGCUCGUGCGAACGUCGGUUGACGCUGCGAAAAUCGCUUCGUGGGAAGCCGCGGACCCGGACCCGGCGUUGACCUACCCUCCGCGUAACGUCUUCAUCGCCGAGAGUUUCGACAUCAAGGGCGGGAGCAAGUCCAGGGCGGGGGGUGCGGACGUUCCCGCGCCGCUGGUCGUGCCGCCGGAGAUUGUGCACGAGUGCGGGGUUAUGCGGCUGUGGCACAGGCUCGACGACAGGUUCGACCAACCGAGGGUCAACGCGUAUUUUCACGUCACGUUACCGGCGAUUGACGCCACCCCGGAGGCGUACGUCAGCGCGGACAUGCUGACGCUGUGCGUCCACGACAGGCUACAGGACACGGUUCGGUAUCCCGCGGAGCUGGCGAGCCUCAACGCGGGGCUGGACGUGGUGGGUCAGCACACCAUGCUGUCGCUGACGUUUGACGGAUUCAGCGAUAAGCUUCCCAACCUGGUCAAGGCGUACUUCGAGGCGGUCGCGGACUUCGAGGUGACGGACUCGAGGUUCGAGAAGAUCAAGGAAAAGCGACUGAAGGACUUCAAGAACUACGGCCUGAAGCCCGGCCGGCAGGCUCGGAGCCUGCUGCACCAGCUGAUGAAGGACAGGGAGGACAGCGAACUCGUGAAGAUGGCUGCGCUGGAGAAGGUCACGCCCGCGUCGCUUCGGGAGUUUGUGCACGGGAUCUGGUCCGCGGCGUCGCACGUCGAGGGCCUCAUCGUGGGAAACGUCACCGCGGACGAGGCGCUGGCGAUGGGGGCGGUGAUCCGGGGCACCCUUCGCGGCGGUAAGGUGGAGCCCGAUGAUUUUCCCACCAGGCGGUGCACCGUCGUUCCCCCGGGCGACGCGAGGUUCGCGAUUCCCACGCAAAACCCCGAGGAGGGCACCAACGUCGUGUACUGCUACUACCAGCACGGUCCGUCCACGCACGAGCUGCGCGCGAUCGGUCUUCUCGCGCAGCAACUCAUGUCCGAGAAGUGUUUCGACCAGCUGCGAACGAAGGAGCAGCUGGGAUACGUCGCCAGCGCCGCGCUCGAGAUUUUGUACGAGAUUUGCGGGUUUCGAGUGAUGGUCGAGAGCGCGUUUCACUCCCCGGCGCACGUCGAGGAGCGAAUCAACGCGUUCCUCGAAUCUUUUCCUCGAACGGUCGAAGACAUGACCGACGAGGAAUUCGUGAAGACCAGACGGUCGCUGGUCGACUCCGUGCUCACGAUGGACGUGUCGCUCACCGCCGAGGCUGACCGCCACUGGACGCACGUCACGAACCAGAAGUACCAGUACUACCGCGGGCAGAUCGUCGCCAGCAUGAUCGACAAGAUCACGAAGGAGCAGGUCGUGGAGUGGCUGAAAGCUAACGUGGUGCCGACCGCGCCCAACGCCAGGCGGGUCACCAUCUUCGUCCACGGCAAGAACCACCCGCUGGGCGACGACGGAUCGAAUCCCGGAGCGAUGGGCCCGGAGGAUGUGAAGCGGCUCAAGCAGCAGUGGGGCUUGCACCCGAAGCAGGGCGAUCCCACGACGGUCCCGGAGCUGGAGGCGCCCCCGGAGGACGUGUGUCGGCUGACGAACACGGACGUCGCGGAGAUUCUUCGGAGGAGGGAGGCGGUUUCGGCGGCGGCGAAGGGCGGGGCGGACGGGGCGCCGAAGAAGAUGAACCAGUGGGCGCAGAGGAUGGCGGACAGGUCGGCGUUCUGCGCCGCGGGGUGCCCGUGCCUCAAGCCCGGGUCGGGGGGUCCCUUCAAGAUGCCCAGGCUCAAGAAGUAA